AUGGGCUCGAUUGACAAGUUGUUUGGGUCAGCGUUGAAACAGACGCUGGGAGAUGGUAUGGGCAAACUUUUUGGCAGGUCUUCGGAGCCUUUGGACGCCAAGAAAUUGAAGGUGAAGGCCAGAACAGUUUUGGCCGAGCCCGCGGGCACUGGAGAGCAGCAGAAGCAGGAGAAACAGGAGAAGGAAGUGGAGGAAGAGGUAGAGCAUGAGGUGCAGCCCGAAGCUGGUGAGAAGCGGGCGCUCGCUGCGGAGGAGGGACGCAAGAAGGUGUCCAAAAGACAGAAAAGGAAGACGCGGGAGGCAGAGGAGGCCGACGUAGAGGCAGACUACUACUCGAAGCUGCUGCGGGACGAGACGUCGGAGAAACAGGAUGCGGGUGCGGAGUCGGCGGAAGCUGGUGAAGCCGCGGCGGCCCCGUCAGCGGCCCCCACGACGACAACCAAUGCAGCCAAGAAGAACGACUUGAAAGAGGCAGAGCUGGAAAAGGCCGAGAGAACCGUCUUUGUUGGGAACGUGCCCAAAGACGUGGUCACGUCGAAGGCGCAGACCAAGCGUUUCAAAAAGCUCUUUAGCAUAGCCAAGGAUGCUUCCUCGUCCGACAACAAUGACGAAGACAACGACGACAACGACAACGACGACGACACCAACGACAACAGCGUCGCCUAUGCCAUCGAGAGUCUCAGAUUCCGCUCCAUCUCGUUCGAGGAGGCGCUUCCCCGCAAAGUGGCCUUUGUCCAGCAGAAACUACACAAGUCUCGCGAGUCCGUCAACGCCUACGUGGUGUAUGUUGACAGGGCUGCAGUGCCCGCAGCGUGCCGGCUCCUGAACGGCCGCGUUUUCGAGGGCCACCACUUGCGCGUGGACUCCGUUGCGCACCCAACCCAGCACGACAACAAGCGGUCCGUGUUCGUGGGCAACCUGGAUUUCGAAGAAACCGAAGAAAACCUGUGGAAGCACUUCCUCGCUGCCGGCGACAUCGAGUACGUGCGUGUGAUCAGAGACUCUAAAACCAACGUCGGCAAGGGCUUUGCGUACGUACAGUUCACCGAUUUCCAGACUGUAGCCAAGGCGCUGCUGAUGGAUGGCCACAAGCUCAACGGCUCCGGCCGCAAGCUGCGAGUCACCAGGUGCAGAAACGUCAAGAAGGCCCAGUCGUCGCCACACGCCCAAGGCGGUCCACGCGGGCUCACGGACCAUCAGAAAAGCAAGCUCGGCAGGGCUCGCAAGAUCCUAGGGAAAGCUGACAGAUCCUCCGCGGGCAAGGCCAUCACCAUCGAGGGUCUUAGAGCCACCAAGGGCGAUACCGCGCCCCAAUUGAAGAAGAAGAAAGAGAGAUCUAAGACCGGCCGCGUUACCAAACGUUCUACAGCAUUCAAGAAGGCCAACCAGUCCAAGUAA